UUCCACAUUUUUUUUUCCUAUUGAAAUAGUUCGUUUUUAGCUGCAUUUACGUGGAAAAUUUGUUUAAACUAGCAUCGAUUUGUGUAAAAUUCUUGCAAAACUCUUGUAUUGUGGUGAUCGUUUGAAAUCCUUCGAACGAUGGCGGAUGUCGAUGAUCUUUUCAAUUUGUUCGAAGCCGAGAACGACAACGAGGACGCAGGCAAUGUGCCGAUCGUGGUAGAGGAAACGGAUAGAUCCGGCAAGCGUCAGGAAGGACGCCCUGAACAGAUUAAGGACGAAACGGGUGGACCCAAGCGCGAGCUGGAUGAAGACAAUGACGACGACGCCGAAGAAGAGGAGUCCACUAAACGAGCUAAAGUUGAAUCGCUUCUGGAUGAUAUCAAUUUGGAUAACAUCGAGUCCCGCAUCAAGGUCCACACAAUCCAAUCGCCGGAGGCUUGUACCCAUGAGGUAGCCGUAUAUCCCGAUCACAAGUACAUGCCACUGGUUCCUCGUACCGGAAAGCCAGUGAAGGAGUACCCUUUCGUGCUGGAUCCGUUUCAGAAGGAGGCAAUCCUGUGCAUAGAGAAUCAGCAAUCGGUUCUGGUGUCGGCUCACACUUCUGCCGGUAAAACCGUGGUAGCGGAGUAUGCAAUCGCAAUAUCUUUGGCCGCAAAACAGCGGGUCAUUUAUACUACUCCGAUCAAAGCCCUGUCCAAUCAGAAGUAUCGAGAGUUUCAUGAAGAGUUCAAAGACGUUGGACUUGUUACCGGGGAUGUGACGAUCAAUCCGUCUGCUUCCUGUUUGAUUAUGACAACGGAGAUUUUGAGGAACAUGCUGUACCGGGGUUCGGAAAUUAUGCGUGAAGUAGGUUGGGUCGUCUUCGACGAAAUCCACUACAUGAGAGAUAAAGAGCGUGGAGUGGUGUGGGAGGAAACGCUUAUCCUUUUACCGGAUAAUGUUCACUACGUGUUCCUUUCCGCUACCAUUCCGAAUGCUCGACAGUUUGCCGAAUGGGUUUGCCAUAUUCAUAAACAACCGUGCCAUGUAGUGUACACAGAUUACCGUCCGACACCGUUGCAGCAUUAUCUGUUUCCAGUCGGAGGUGACGGAAUCCACUUGGUUGUUGAUGAGAAGGGUCAGUUCAAGGAGGACAAUUUCAACACUGCAAUGGCGGUCCUGCAAAAUGCCGGAGAUGCCGCCAAAGGGGACCAGAAAGGCAAGAAAGGUGGUCUGAAAGCAACCAAUUCGGGCGAGACGAACAUUUUCAAAAUAGUGAAAAUGAUUAUGGAGAGAAAUUUUGCUCCGGUCAUUAUUUUCUCCUUCAGUAAGAAGGAUUGCGAGAUUUAUGCGAUGCAGAUGUCGAAGCUGGAUUUUAAUUCGACUACGGAGAAGAAGUUGGUGGACGAGGUUUUCAACAAUGCAAUGGACGUGCUGAGCGAGGAGGAUCGACAAUUGCCUCAGGUGGAAAAUGUCCUGCCUCUGUUGCGUCGAGGAAUCGGUAUCCAUCACGGUGGGUUGCUGCCAAUCCUGAAGGAAACCAUCGAAAUCCUAUUCGGGGAAGGUUUGAUCAAAGCUCUGUUUGCCACGGAGACCUUUGCCAUGGGUUUGAACAUGCCUGCCCGUACGGUUCUGUUCACAGGUCCUCGUAAGUUCGACGGUAAGGAUUUCCGGUGGGUUACAUCGGGUGAGUAUAUUCAGAUGUCGGGACGUGCCGGCCGUCGUGGCUUGGAUGACAAAGGUAUCGUUAUUCUGAUGAUUGACGAAGCGGUUUCGCCGGCGGUAGGAAAGGAGAUAGUUCAGGGAAAGCCGGAUCCAAUGAAUUCGGCAUUCCAUUUGACGUACAAUAUGGUGUUGAAUUUGCUGAGAGUGGAGGAAAUCAAUCCGGAGUACAUGCUGGAGAGAUCGUUCUUCCAGUUUCAAAACCAGUCGUCCAUUCCGGAUAUUUACAAAAAAGUACAGCAGAAGCAGAAAGAGCUGGAAGGUGUCUACAUAAAAGAUGAACAAUCGAUUGCGUCCUAUCACCACAUCAGAGAUCAAUUGGACACAUUGGGAAAACAAUUCCGGGAAUAUAUCACGAGACCCACCUAUCUGGUUCCGUUCCUACAACCAGGAAGGAUGAUCAAAAUUCAAUCAGAUGCCGGAGAGUUCGAGUGGGGUAUCAUAGUAAACUUUAAAAAAGAAACUGUUGACGCUAAAACCAAUCCCCUGAAAGCGGAAACGAAAGUCAUCAUCGACGUGCUUCUGCAUGUCGACGACGGCUUCGAGAAGGAAGGUGUCCCUAAACCUUGUCCACCGAACAAACGUGGCUCGGUUGAGGUCGUACCGGUUUUGCAUACCCUCGUACAUCGGGUUAGCUCGCUUCGGGUGUACUAUCCGAAUGACCUCCGACCGGCGGAUAAUCGUCGUUCGGUUCUCAAAACCAUCAACGAAGUAAAGAAGCGAUUCCCGGAAGGACCUCCACUGCUGAACCCCAUCAACGACAUGCACAUCAAGGAGAAGGACUUCCAAAUCAUCGUAGAUAUGAUCGACAAGUUUGAAAAGCGACUUUUCUCCCAUCCGUUGCACGAUUCGCCGGAACUGGACAAACUCUACACAAAGUACAUGGAGAAACUGGAACUAGAACGUCAACUCAAGCUGGAGAAAAACGCUUUCCGAGAAGCGAAAAGUUUGCUCCACAUGGACGAGUUGAAGCAUCGUAAGCGGGUGCUCCGUCGACUGGGAUACUGCACGGUUGCUGAUGUCAUCGAGUUUAAGGGACGUGUAGCUUGCGAAUUGAGCUGCGCCGAUGAACUUUUACUGACGGAGAUGAUCUUCAACGGGACCUUCACGAACUUGACGACCUCCCAGGCUUGUGCUCUACUGUCGUGCUUUGUGUGCGACGAAAAGAGCGCAGAAGUUCCGGUUGCAACCGAGGAACUGUCCGGGCCGCUGCGUCAGAUGCAGGAUCUUGCACGGCGAAUCGCCAAGGUCUCGAACGAGUGCAAGGUCGAGCUGGACGAAGAACGGUACGUGGAAUCCUUUAAGCCAUUCCUGAUGGAUGUCGUGCUGGCUUGGUGCAAAGGAUCCUCGUUUUUGCAACUGUGUAAGAUGACCGACAUUUUCGAAGGCUCGAUUAUCCGUUGUAUGAGACGGUUGGAGGAAUUACUGCGUCAAAUGGUGCAGGCCUCUAAGACGAUCGGCAAUACCGAUUUGGAAAACAAGUUCUCCGAAGCGAUACGGGUGCUCAAGAGGGACAUUGUGUUUGCUGCUUCGUUGUAUCUGUAACGGAAGGACAAAGUUGUUUCUUCUUAUUUUGAGUAAGUUUUAGAUGGUAAUGGAACGAGUUGCAGAAUAAAUUUGAUAGAGUUGCUCCAACAA